AUGCUAAAGUUUAAGAUACCCUUUCCCAAGAAAACAACUAAUAAGAGAGAUUUAUAUAGAAUAAUAAUCAUGUGCACAAUGUACAUCGCACAUAUUUUAUUUAUAGUCCAAAAUAUAUCUGAAAUUGGCUUUAAUGUACUGUGUAGCACUAAUAAUGAGGUUGAAAUAGAACUUAACCCGAAUGGGCCUUUAUUUCAUAAUGCUUUAUAUAUUGCAUAUAAGAAUCAAUUUAUAUACAACAAAGUAAUAUGGGCAAAGGAGGUAGAGAAGUAUUUAUGUAAGCUAGAAAAAGGAGAAUUAGAAAAACCAGAUGAAUUAGAUGGAAUAGAAAAACUAGAUGAAAUAGAAAAACUAGAUGGAUUUAAUAUAUUAGAAAGACUAGAUAAAUUAGAUGGAAUAGAAAAACUAGAUGAAAUAGCAAAUGUGAUGGGUGGACCAAGAUUAUAUAUUAAAGAUGUAAUUGUAGAGAGAAACAAAAUAAUGAUGAAUAUAUUGAAAAACAAGAUACAAGAGGCUGAUAUUUGCAAGGAUCAAGAUAGGAGGAAGUAUUUAAUAGAAUACUCUCAUCAGCUACUUUUGCUUUUUCCAUCUAAAUAUGGUAUUUUUUCAACUGUAUCUGAGAAGGAAGACUCACUUUCAAAUUAUUUAUUAGGACAAUUAGAUCCCACUUAUAGUAAUCGCACUGUGGCUGCUCUUUUUAUUUUGUCACAGGGGGUGGACUUACCCAUUGAAGUAAAAAAAGAAAAAGAUGGAAGUAGAACAAUAAACCUUGUUCUAAAUGAGAAAGAAGAGAAAAAAGUCUAUAUUAAACAAAAAAUUUCUAUAAGUAAAGAAAAUGCAAGAAACCCAGAGUACAUUACAGAAAUAGAACAGCUUAUAAACUUUCUGCGGGACUGUAUGAAAAAUCCUAUAUUCUCAUUAGACAAUCCAAAAGGGAUCAAGGAGCCUACUGCGUAUGAAGAAUUUAUGACAGGCGACUUUUUGAACACUCCACAGUUUCUUAUUCAGUCGUACAUAUAUGAAAUACUUGAUGAUAACAUCGUGUACAAUGAUAUUAUGGUAGAAAUCGUGAAUAUUUUAAUUUCUAAUAUAUAUUUCGAGUCUGAUCCAGAUCUAGUAGAAAAAAGCAAACAACUAUAUAAUAAGUGCUUUUUACAAUUAGAUAACGAGGAUCAAAUAAAAAUAUAUAAUAAUACGGUUAAAAAAUACUUGGCGGAUAUAAAAAAAUUAGAUUCGAAUGAAAGCAAACACCCGUGGAUUCCCUUUAAGCAUAGAUAUUCUAAUCUUACACACACGCGUGUACAAAAGCCUAAUCUAGAUACAGCUGAAUCACAGAUUGCAGCCGAAGAAGAUGCGAAAUACUCUAAUACUGUAGAAUUUGCUCUGCUAACACUAUUCUGCUGUAUGAUGUAUGAUCCAGUGGAUAACAAAUACACCACAGAGCAUCUAUCCGAAACUUUUUGUUUAGAUGUAAAAGAAUUCUUCAAGAGGCAUGAUGACCCAGAUCAGAAAAUUACCCAGAAAAUGCAGCAAGAGUGGUCUAACAUACUUUCGAAUUUAAAGGAUUCAAGCAUUCGCUAUAACAAAGACAAAUAUGAACUAAAAAGCGGACUUAUAAAUAUUUUACAUGUUAUAAAAUGCAUAGCCGGUGAUGAAAAAAUGGUUAAUAAAGCGAUUAUGCAUGUGAAAGGAGAGAGUAAACUUCGCUCCUCUGGCCGGCCUGACCCACGCAGUAAGAUAGACAAGUUGCUUAUAAAAUUGUCUAAAAGCACAGACUUGCAUAUAGAUGAGUAUUCAUUUAAAAUGGAAAAAGUAUCUGAAAAUGAAUCAGACUUUUUUGGAAGGAUUUCAUUGAUAUAUGCGUCGGAUAAAAGGCGAAAUGGACUGAUUUUUACUAUAUCUCAGACGCAUAUGGCUAUAGAUAUAUAUCCUGAAGAGGUCUUUGAUUUAGACUCCCAGGAAAUUUAUGACCAGGAAAGUAACCUUAUUCUUUAUACAGGCUUCGCUAGUUUCAUAACUAAAAAAUAUGAAAAUCCUACUAGCUUUAUAGAAUAUGUAAUACUACAACGUGCAAAAAUACAUGAAGAAAUAAUUGGGGCUAGACAGUAUGCAAUACAGUAUGUUCAUUCAGAUUAUGUUAAAGAAUGGAUACGCGAAGAUAAAAAUCUGCCAAUAGACUUUAUAUUUCUGCAAGGAAGAAUAGCAGAUAUGAUGGAUUAA